AUGAUUCAUCGACUCCUGUUGGCUGCAUUGGAUCGCCGAGAAACCGAUGAUCGUGAUCAUUUUGGAAAAAAACGUCUUGAUCUUGCUGGUCCAUUGCUCGGUGGACUGUUCCGUAUGCUGUUUAGAAAACUUACAAAAGACGUGAGUCGAUAUCUUCAAAUAACAAUGGAGUCUGGACGCGAGUUCAAUCUGUCACUUGCUGUCAAGUCUAGCACCAUUACAAAUGGACUCAAGUAUUCGCUUGCUACGGGCAACUGGGGUGACCAAAAAAAGUUUAUGCAGGCUCGCGCCGGUGUCAGUCAGGUGCUGAAUAGAUAUACAUUUGCGUCUACACUAUCCCAUUUGCGUCGUCUAAACACUCCUAUUGGUCGAGAUGGUAAACUUGCUAAACCUCGUCAGCUACAUAAUACACAUUGGGGCAUGGUCUGUCUCAGCGGAGAUACCGAGGUAGUUUUAGGAAAUGGCAUGGAUGUUGUGCUACUAACGGAUCUUGUCGACGGAGCGUGUGUUUCGACAAUCGAACCUCGGACUGGUGUGGUGUCGCCUUCGCUUAUUGAUCAUUACUUUGCCAAGGAUGCUACACGGGUUCUUAAAAUCACACUUGAUGAUGGACGAGUCAUCAAGGCUGAUCCAGAACAUCCAUUGUUUGCUGCCAAAGUUGACGAGACUACUCGAGGGUUGACUGGGCAAUGGCUUAGAGUUGAAGAAUUGACUGUUGGACAUCAUGCGCUACUAGUAAGCCCGCAGCAAGCGUACUGCACUUCUGAACAAUGGACACUUACUCUAUCCGAGAAAGAAGUAUGUACAGCAUCCACUGCUCAGCUUGCCAAGCAACUUUCUGAAAUUGGCCUGGUAGAUGUGCCUAUUCCACUGUCCAAAGUCAAAUCUGCAGCUCGGUUAUUUGGUCUCGUGUUAUCUGCUGGUGAUUUUAGUGGCAAGCUGUACGUGGAAAAGGAUGAAGAUGUAACUGCAGUGAAUUCAGAUUUGACGGCUCUUGGCUUUAGUCCUGCUCACUGGGUGCGAUACCAAGACGAUCAGCAAAAAUGGUUCAAAUGUGACGAUAGCAACGGUAAAGCUAUUUGUAUCACAUUAGUUCCCACAGCAAAUGCACUUUUGCAGACACUUGGUGCACAUGAUGCAGAAAAGCAGCAUCGAUACUGUUUGCUUCCAAAAUGGCUACUGGACGCACCAACUAGCAUAAAGCGCGAGUUUCUUGGUGCUCUUUUUGGCGGAAAUGGUGCUCACAUUACUAUCUCAUGCAAUGAGGGCAAAUGGGAACCCACCAUGUCUGCUCUGACACAACACACUGAUGCAGAUCAUUUGGAAAGCACUGUGGUGUAUUUGAAACAGGUCGCAACUCUUUUAGGCAUGCUUAAUAUUUGUUCGUCGGUAAGUAGUGAAAAACACAUUACUGCUGAAAAGACUGGCUAUGCAGUACAUCUACACGUUGACAACACUGCUGAAAAUCUUGUGCGUUUUUAUGAGCAAGUUGGUUAUCGCUACUGCUUUAAUAAAACGAGCCAAAGCUCAGCACCUGUGCAGUGGAUCAAGGGCAGUUUAUUUUUUAUUGAACAGCACAGAUCCAAAUGUCAACACGCCUUUGAAUUGUUGCAUACCGGACUUGGCACAAAAGCUGCAGUUUCAGCAGAAAUCAAUAUGCCACAUCAUAAUCCCUCUCAUAUGCUGAAUGUAAAAGAAAUUCCGACUGCCCCAGCUGACGAAUAUAUCACAUGGAUCGAGUUCAAGGAUCGGUACGUACAUAAAGAAUCCCCUCGGUUUGUAUGGGUCACCAUCCAUUCAAUUGAAGAAGCACCAGCAGAGAGAUUGUAUGAUUUCAACACUGUUUCGCAAAACCACUCGUUUUUUGCCAAUUCUAUCGUAUCACACAACUGUCCUGCCGAAACACCCGAAGGCCAAGCAUGUGGUCUUGUCAAGAAUCUAUCACUUAUGGGCUAUAUUACUGUUGGCUCACCAGCUCCUCCCAUUUUGGAGUUUUUGGAAGAAUGGACCAUGGAAAGUUUGGAAGAAAUUUCACCUAGCACCAUUCCUACAGCAACCAAGAUUUUCUUGAACGGCCAAUGGGUUGGCAUUCAUCGUGAUCCUGAUCAGCUUGUAAGCACUCUCAGAAGACUGCGUCGUAGUGUUGAUGUGUCACCAGAGGUAUCAGUUGUUCGUGAUGUGCGCGACAGAGAACUCCGCCUUUGCACCGAUGCUGGUCGUAUUGCACGUUCAUUGUUUGUAGUUACACCUGAGCAGUCGCUAGUUCUUACUAAAGAAAUGGUACAGCAGCUCCAUGAAGACCAAAUUCAAUGGAAGGAUCUUCUAUCGUAUGGUGUUGUAGAAUAUAUUGAUACAGAGGAAGAAGAGACUGUCAUGAUCUGCAUGACGCCUGACGAUCUCGCCGAAGCUCGAAUGGCAGCAGCAGGUCAGGUUGUAGAGCGUCAUCAAGUAGGAACUGGCCGUCUCAAGUCUGCUACUGUGUAUACUCGCAAUUACACUCACUGUGAGAUUCAUCCAAGUAUGAUUUUGGGAAUUUGUGCUAGCAUUAUUCCUUUUCCAGAUCACAACCAAUCUCCGCGUAACGUUUACCAAUCUGCUAUGGGUAAACAGGCCAUGGGUCUUUUUCUUACGAAUUUUCAACUUCGUAUGGACACUAUGUCCAAUAUUCUUUUCUAUCCGCAAAAGCCACUUGCUACGACACGUGCGAUGGAGUUUAUGCAUUUUCGAGACUUGCCAGCUGGUAUCAAUGCAGUUGUUGCUAUUGCUUGUUAUUCUGGGUAUAAUCAGGAAGAUUCUUUGAUUAUGAACCAAAGCUCAAUCGAUCGUGGUCUAUUCCGCAGUUUGUAUUAUCGAGUUUAUAUGGAUCAGGAAAAAAAAGUAGGAAUGAUUUCCACCGAAACUCUUGAGAAGCCUUCGCGUGAUACUACGUUGCGACUCAAGCACGGAACGUACGAGAAACUUGAGGACGAUGGACUUAUUGCUCCAGGUGUUCGUGUUUCUGGAGAGGAUAUUAUUAUUGGAAAAACGGUUCCGAUUGCAGCAGAUUCGACUGAAUUGGGGCAACGCACCACUAUGCAUACCAAGCGAGAUGCUUCUACACCUCUCAAGAGCACAGAAAAUGGUAUUGUGGAUCAAGUGCUCAUCACCACAAAUCAAGAUGGAUUUAAAUUUGUCAAGGUGCGAGUGCGGUCUAUUCGUAUUCCACAUAUGGGAGAUAAAUUUGCAUCUCGUCACGGCCAAAAAGGAACUGUUGGUAUUACUUAUCGUACAGAGGAUAUGCCGUUUACUGCUGAUGGUAUUACACCGGAUCUUAUUAUUAACCCACACGCUAUUCCAUCCCGUAUGACGAUUGGACAUCUUGUCGAAUGCCUGCUGUCCAAAGUAUCUACAUUUACUGGAGAUGAAGGAGAUGCUACACCAUUUACAGAUGUGACAGUUGAAGCGAUUUCGCAGGCUUUGCAAGGGUAUGGAUAUCAACGACGAGGGUUUGAAGUGCUAUACAAUGGUCACACGGGCCGCAAGCUUAAUGCACAGGUGUAUACAGGACCAACUUAUUACCAACGUCUCAAGCACAUGGUGGACGACAAGAUUCACUCUCGUGCACGUGGGCCGUUGCAAAUUCUUACUCGCCAGCCUGUAGAAGGAAGAUCUCGAGAUGGCGGCCUUCGAUUUGGUGAAAUGGAGCGUGAUUGUAUGAUCUCUCACGGAGCAGCCAAUUUUCUCAAAGAGCGUCUUUUUGAUGCAUCGGAUGCAUACCGUGUUCAUGUCUGUGAUCAUUGUGGUUUGAUGGCAGUAGCUAAUCUUAAAAAGAACUCGUUCGAGUGUCGAUCGUGUCGUAACAAGACACAGAUUUCACAAGUUUAUUUGCCAUAUGCUUGCAAGUUGCUAUUUCAAGAACUUAUGGCGAUGAACAUUGCGCCUAGACUGAUGGUAGUUUAA